AUGCCCCCUUGGAGUCUUCCAAGGAUCCCCUCCCGCGUCCAGGUGAGAUGGCGUCUGUCACGGCUUUUGUGGGAUCACUUGGCUGACGCAUCAACUAUUACAUCCGUUUUCUUCUGUCCCAUCCCCGUCAAAGUUCUCCUCGAGCUCUAUGCUGACUUGGUAAAGCUCAGUAUGGUGUGCAAUGGUGCAAUACGUUAUAUGGACAAGUACGUCAAGAUCAAACUCAUAGGCGAGGGUUCGCACGGGAAGGUGUAUCUAGUCAAAGAGAAACCAGACGGCGACGGGGCGUCGAAGCACCAACAGGCCGUUCGCAGUCCGAGCGAUAAAGUAUGGGUGAUGAAGGUCGUUCCGCUACCGUCAGAUCCAAAAGAGCGGGAAGAAUGCGUUCGAGAAGGAUCGACCAUGAUGAAGCUCGGACACCCUUGCAUUGUCGGGAUUCCGGAGGACACGAUUCUCAACUGGUUCGUGCAGCUCGUGCUCGCGUUAGAGUACCUUCACCAUAAGAACAUUCUCCACCGCGACGUCAAGGCGGAGAACGUGUUUCUUCGCAGCCGUCACGACACGCCGCUGGGUAACGCGGCGACGGUGCAGCUGGGCGAUUUCGGCAUUUCGCGAAUGCUGGAGGCCCACGAGGCGGUCGCGCGAAGCUUCGUGGGCACGCCACUGUACAUGUCGCCCGAGUUGAUCCGGAACGAACCGUACGACCAUAAGUCAGAUAUAUGGGCGCUGGGUUGCAUACUGUACGAGAUGAUGUGCUUCACUAAGCCCUUCCCCGCUACAAGCAUACGCGACCUUGUUCUGCGAGUGCUCAAGAGCAACUACCGCCCUCCUCCCCACAU